AUGAAGGCGGCGCGGCUGCUGCUCGGCUGCGCGCUGCUCCUGCUGGCGCCAGCGGUGCGCGGCUGCGGGCCGGGCAGGGUGGUGGGCAGCCGCCGCCGCCCGCCUCGGAAGCUCAUCCCGCUCGCCUACAAGCAGUUCAGCCCCAACGUGCCCGAGAAGACGCUGGGUGCCAGCGGCAGGUACGAGGGCAAGAUCGCCCGCAACUCGGAGCGCUUCAAGGAGCUGACGCCCAACUACAACCCCGACAUCAUCUUCAAGGACGAGGAGAACACCGGCGCAGAUCGCCUCAUGACCCAGCGCUGCAAGGAUCGACUCAACUCGCUGGCCAUCUCAGUGAUGAACCAGUGGCCAGGCUUAAAACUGCGUGUGACAGAGGGCUGGGAUGAAGAUGGCCACCACUCCGAGGAGUCGCUGCAUUAUGAGGGCCGUGCUGUUGACAUCACCACAUCUGACCGUGACCGCAACAAGUAUGGCAUGCUGGCUCGCUUGGCGGUGGAGGCUGGCUUCGACUGGGUCUACUAUGAGUCCAAAGCCCACAUUCACUGCUCAGUUAAAUCUGAGCAUUCAGCAGCAGCAAAAACAGGCGGGUGUUUUCCAGCCCAGGCACUGGCAACUCUAGAGAGUGGGACCAAGAUUCCAGUGUGGACACUGAAGCCUGGGCAACGGGUCCAAGCCAUGGAUGAGCAAGGCCAUCUCAUAUUCAGUGAAUUCCUGACAUUUCUGGACAAGGCAUCCUUGAUGCGCACUGCUUUCCACAUCAUCGAGACACAAGAUCCACCCCGUCGUCUCGCUCUCACAGCAGCACACCUUCUUUUUGUGGGGGACAAUGCCACAACACCUAUGAAGGCUGUUUUUGCCAGCCAAGUGCACCCAGGCCAAUACGUGCUGGCUGCAGAGGGGACUGAGCUGCGGCCAGCCAGAGUAAUGGCUGUAUCCAAGCAGAUGGACAUCGGGGCAUAUGCUCCUCUCACCAGCCAUGGAACUGUGGUGGUGGAUGAAGUGGUGGCCUCCUGCUUUGCAUUGGUGCAGGAGCAGCACCUGGCACAACUGGCCUUCUGGCCGCUUCGACUUUAUCACAGCCUGAUAGGUGGCCACCAGACCCAGCCAGAAGGUGUACAUUGGUACUCUGCACUGCUCUAUCGCCUGGGCCGGAUGAUCCUGGCUUCAGAUAGCUUCCACCCACUGGCCACAGCACAGUUUGACAGCUGAGCUGAUAUUACAGAGGGGAAAGACCAGUUCCCCUUCCAUGGUUCUAGGAGGGGCUGUAUGGUAGCCAGAAUCCCAAUGAUGGGGGAAGGUGGGGCAUGGGAUCUAUCUACUGGCUCCCCAUGAACUUCCCUAAGAACAAGGGCUGAAGGGGAGUGUUGACUCCUCCAUUGUUUCCAAAGAGCCUUUUUUGGCUAUAGAAGGGGGAUGCCCUAGGCUGGGCUCAUAUGCUGCUAUUUUGUUCAAGGGCCUCUGAUACAAAGUAGAAGGGCUAACCAGGUGGAUGCGGGUAGUAAGUGGAGGUCCUGAAGUUUGGGAUGAAUGAAUGAGGGGCAGGAAAUCCUGCACCCCAACUGGCAGACUGAGGAAGUGGAGGAUGUACGAGUGAUCUGAUGCAGCGGGGGGAGGCUUUGAGGUCAUAUGAAACUGUGUGUGGAGGUCCAAGAUAAACCCAAAAAAGUGCUUCUCCUCAGGUGCUGGGCCUCUUCAGGUACUACCUUGUAGUGCUCAAUAGCAUUGUGUCAUCUAAAGUAGCCAUAUGGACAAUGAUAUGUGGAACUCCUUCACUGCAGAAGGAUGGGGGCAGGGUGUAAUUUCCAGCUACCAAUCAACUGGGCUUGUGGGGCAGUGACAGACAGGCAGGCAAGAGGAAGGCACCAAUUACAAGGAAGGAACAAACAACAGAGAGAGAAUGUUUCAUGAAAGCAUUCAGUCUUCUCUGGAUUCAUUGGACUCAGCCUAGAAUAACAAACACACUCACUGACAAACUCAAAUAAUUACUCUACUCACAUCCUGCACUGAAAUAUAGGAGAAGGGACUGUAAGGGUGUGUGUGUGUAAUCUUUCAUCUAAUUGUGUAUAUCAAGGGUUGGUUAAUAUCAACUCACCUGACUUAAGAGGUCUCAAAAAGUUGCUUGAGGGCACAAAACUGGACGUGGCAAGUCCCUGUUCAUAGCAGGGCAAAUGGUUAGCAGGGCAGGGGGGGAAGGUUAGAAACGGAGCCUGUUAUCUUUUCUUCAUUUCCCGUUACUUCUUGAUGGUACUGGAGGGGCAGACAUUCUGUUGGCUUCUAAUCUUCCAUUAUCACACCAUGCAAAGCUGGACAACCCUGCUUAAGUAGUGCAUGGCAGCGACUACUAUAUGCCUAUGUGGGGAAAGGCAGCAUGCCUCCAAGGAACAUGCAUUCGUUGUUGUUGCUGGUCUGAAUAUUAUCUUAAAUAAUCUGAUUUCAUAGACAAAGCGUUAUCAGGUAUCACCAGUAGAGGUGCAGGGCAUUUAAGGGGUGAACCAGCAGGCAGGAGGGUCAGGUUCCCCAGCUGGUUUAAAGUGUGUCACCCUAAGCAAAGUACACCUGUUACCACCUCCUGUCCCCACUGUGGGACAAGAAAUGAAGCCUGUUGCCUGUUGCCUUGCUAUUGUCUGGGAGUGAGCUGAACUCCUGUGGUGCAUCAGUGCUCUCCUUGUGCUGCCCCAAGUAGUACCCUGGGCGGUUUGACAGGAGAACUGGGUUGUGCAUGCACGCAUGCUGGUUUGUUCUUCAAAAUGCCUUGCCUGGCAGUUAUUACAUCAUUUCCUUCAAGCUGCUCACUCAGUCACCAUUGGUGCAUAUGAGUUGCUUCUGGGUGAGCAGGCAAUAAAAUCGUCUCUCUUUUUACCAACCACCAAUAUGCCAAAUCUGACCAACUGUUUUGGUGAGUAGGCUAGUGAAAAAUUGUUUGGCUUAGUCACUUUGGAAGGCUUCAUAGCAAGUUUUCCUAUAUGCAUACAUGAUGCGAAUUGUCCCAGGUGAAGCAGCCAUCAGGUGGGCUCUGGGUGCCUUCAUUUUGAGGCGGUCCCAUUAUGCCUGAACCUCAGUCCCCAGAACCUUCCCUGUCCCCGCCUCCCUCUCCUGCCCAUCCCACCCUGUUUGCCUGUCAGGAGAACCCAAUAUGGGUAACCAGAAGCACGGCUGUUCCUCAAUGGCUGCCCCAUUCAGGGAAUUUCCACCGCCUCAGCACUUGGCUACAGGGUGGGGUUGGGAAUGUGUCCUCUCCUCUCACGUUGCAUUAUUUAUUUCCCUGUACUAUGCAGAGAAGUCAGAAAUAUUUCCUGGGUGAGUAUGGGCUUCCCCAAAGUGAGACCAAAUGGGGAUUGGGACAUUUUUUGUAGCAAUAUAAUAAUUUAAGGAGGGGUUUCCCCCCCCCCCCCCUCAAAUACAUGGUUGUCAUGGGACCCUUGUAAGUAUGAGAAGAACAUGCAAAGUUUUUGUCUCUUCACUGGAUGUACAUUUCCCAAAUAGGUGAGAAGCCCAAUAAAUCUC